AUUUAUUGAAUUCAGUCAUAACGUGUAUUUGGUUGACAGUGGUAAUAAUAAAAUAAAUCAAGUUCUAUUUAUUUAUAUUAAUCUACCAUUAAUUUGUAUUAUUUGAACAUAUUAUUUUUUUUAAUACAAAGUACCGAUACUGAAGAUUAGCAACCAUAGUAUCGAAAGUGAAUACUAUAAUUUACAAAGUUUGAAAUCGUAUACAAAUUGUUGAGCAAACUCGAUUUGAUUUUACCCCGUCAAUAAUUAAAGCGGCAUUCAACAAGUUUUAGAAACCCACAUGUUUACAUUGAUGCAAAGCAAUUUGAGCCGCAUGCGAAGGCAGAAAAUUAAGUCUGGAGUAUUAACAUUCUAAUAUAUACACACUUGCAUAUAUAGUUAAACACGUGUAUACACAUGUUUACAUACGUAACUUUUGUUGGCGAGCGUGUUUGAUAGGAUAUAGGGUUGCCGAGUGCUGACGAAAGUAGUAGAUAAGCGACGACGCUUUUUUUUUGUUAGCUAAUGUAGGCCGGUCAUUGUACAUACAUACAUAUGUAUGCAUGUGGCAGUUAGCCAUCACUGAUAACUUUAGGUUCAAAUCAGAGGUCAAUUACAGUAAUCUCAAUUAUCUCCCAUUAGCCGGAAAGCAACGAACUGCUUAUCGGUACCUAAUGCAAUGAUGGGUGUUAAAAGCAGGUCAUUGUUUGCAACAAUUUAAAAUAACAAUUGAAAUUCAACUGUGUUCGCAAACGGUACUGAUUCUCUACCACAUAUCCUCCAUAAAUAUAUAUUUAUAUAUAUACUUAACUAAGGAAAAUGGCAGCGAAACGUAUAGCUCUUCUGAGUGUGUCCGACAAAACCGGUCUGAUCGAUUUGGGUCAAAGCCUUGCCGCGCUUGGUUUUCGCCUGGUAGCUAGUGGUGGCACUGCCACAGCGUUGCGUAAUGUUGGUCUUGCUGUGGAUGAUGUCUCCGACAUAACCGGCGCACCAGAAAUGCUUGGUGGUCGUGUUAAGACCCUGCAUCCAGCCGUGCAUGCUGGCAUACUGUCACGCACCACUGAAAGCGAUCUUGCUGAUAUGAAGCAGCAAAACUUCGACUUAGUCAGCUUGGUUGUGUGCAAUCUAUAUCCAUUUGUGAACACUGUAUCCAAACCUGAUGUGACCGUGGCCGAUGCUGUUGAGAAUAUUGAUAUUGGCGGGGUCACUCUGCUACGUGCGGCAGCUAAAAAUCAUGCACGUGUCACGGUUAUAUGCGAGGCCAACGAUUAUGUCAAAGUGCUCAGCGAAAUCAAAGAGCAUGGCGAUACUACUUUGGACACUAGAAAAGUUUUGGCGCUCAAAGCCUUCACACACACUGCCACUUACGACGAUGCAAUUUCCGAUUAUUUCCGCAAGCAAUAUUCGUCAGGCGGGUCCCAGCUUAACUUACGUUAUGGCAUGAACCCACACCAAAAACCCGCGCAGCUCUUCACACAACUCGAAUCGCUUCCUCUUAAGGUGAUCAACGCUUCGCCGGGAUUUAUUAAUUUGUGUGAUGCGCUUAAUGGAUGGCAACUUGUGCGCGAAUUGAAGCGUGCACUAAAUUUGCCCGCCGCGACCAGUUUCAAGCACGUCUCACCGGCUGGCGCAGCUGUUGGCACACCAUUGAGUCGUGAGCAAGCCAAGUUAUGCAUGGUAGAGGAUUUGUAUGACAGCUUGACACCGUUGGCCACCGCAUAUGCACGGGCACGUGGUGCCGAUCGCAUGUCCUCAUUCGGUGACUUUGUUGCGCUUUCCGACGUUUGCGACGUGGUGACUGCAAGAAUAAUUUCACGAGAGGUGUCAGAUGGUAUUAUUGCGCCUGGUUAUGAGCCCGCCGCAUUGGAGAUUUUGCAGAAGAAAAAGAACGGCGCCUACUGCAUACUACAGAUGGAUCCCAAUUAUGAGCCAAGUCUACUGGAACGCAAGACCAUAUUCGGUUUAACUCUAGAACAGAAACGCAAUGAUGCCGUUAUCGAUGCCUCAUUGUUCGCCAAUGUCGUCACGAAGAACAACACUCUACCAGCGAAUGCCAUACGCGACUUAAUUGUGGCAACCAUAGCGCUGAAGUUCACUCAAAGUAAUUCCGUGUGCUAUGCACGCGAUGGCCAAGUCAUUGGCAUUGGCGCCGGUCAACAGUCGCGCAUACACUGCACACGUUUGGCUGGUGAAAAGGCCGAUAAUUGGUGGCUGCGCCAGCACCCACGUGUUGCCGGCAUGAAAUUCAAGGCGGGCGUUAAGCGUGCGGAAAUCUCGAAUGCCAUCGAUAACUACGUGAACGGUACUGUGGGCAAGGACAUGCCGCUCAGUCAAUUCCAGGCAAUGUUUGAGGAGGUACCUUCACAGUUGAGCGCGCAAGAAAAGGCGGAUUGGCUUAAGCAAUUGGAUGGCGUUUCUUUGGGCUCUGAUGCCUUCUUUCCAUUCCGUGACAACAUCGAUCGCGCUAGAUUGAGUGGUGUAUCAUUCAUCGGCAGUCCGUCGGGUUCCACCAAUGAUGCUGGCGUCAUCGAGGCCUGCAAUGAACACGGCAUCGUGCUGGCUCACACAAACUUGCGUCUCUUCCAUCAUUGAUAAGAAAUACUACAUUUUAUUCAGCAAGCAAAGCAUAAUCCUCUUAGUAACAAUAAGCAAUAGAAAUAUAUACAAAUAUACAUACAUGCACACUUUUCUAAUCCA